AUGGGUAAAUUUUAUUGUGUUUUAGUUGCAUAUUCCACUCCAAAUACUGCCAAAAAAGCCAAAGAAGACUUGACCAUAACCAAAGCACUUGGUGAAUUUUCUUUGAUCAGAUUCUCCAAAAUAAAAACACAACAACCCGAAGUUAAAGUUGUAUAUUCCCCAUUUGCAAACUCCACACACAGACCAAAACAAAGAGAAAUAAAAGAUAGAAAACCUACUUAUGAAGAGAUAAAUACCAAAGAAAUUCCAAAGUACAAAAACAUCUUAAUGUUAUAUGCACAUGCAGAUAGAGGUCAAGAUUUAAAAAAUCCGAAAUUAUUUAGUUGA